GUCCCGACGUCCCGCCUUUCUCUCUCGGGCCACGACCACGCCAGACGAAACAACAUGUGGCUCACGGAUGCGCAAAAAAUCGGCGUCGCGCUGACGUCCUUCGGGGGGCUAUUCAUGCUCCUUGGCGUCAUCCUCUUCUUCGACGGCGCGCUCCUCGCGCUCGGAAACAUUCUGUUCCUCUCCGGGCUCACCCUCAUCAUCGGGCCCUCCAAGACGUUCUACUUCUUCGCGCGGAAACAGAAGCUGCGGGGCACCGUGUGCUUCAUCGGCGGCAUCCUCCUCGUGUUCUUCAAAUGGCCGUUCAUUGGGGUCAUCGUCGAGACGUUCGGGUUCCUCAACCUCUUCGGGGACUUCUUCCCGGUCAUUCUGACGUUCCUGCGACAAUUACCGGGUAUCGGGCACGUACUCGCCCUCCCCUACGUUCGCGACGUAGCAGACCGGAUGGCGGGCUCGCGGACCUCUGCUGUAUGAUGAGCGCAUAUAUUCCAGUUUCCAUUCAG